AUGCCGGCAGAGAGAGCCCGGACAGCCAACACUGCCCGCAAGAGUCCACUCCCUGCAGUGCCGGGGGCGGCCGUUCUCGGGUCACGUGAACGGCUUCGCCCCGCCCCCCCUCGCAAGGGCUCGCGCGGUGGCUGGCGCUCUGGCUUGCGCAGUCGCAUCACGCACAGGCCGCGGCGGGCGGGUCUCGCGGAGGCGGAGCGAGGACUCAAGGACUGUAAGUUCUGUUCUCGCCGCGCCGGGUUGGGCGGCCGCGCGGGGGCGGAGCUCGCGGGGCCAGCUGCUUCCGGCCGGGCCGCGGGGACCUGGGCUCGGACUUCCGGCGGCUGCGGGGCUGCAGUGGUACGGCAUUUGCUUUUGGGCGCUACGGGUGCUGCGGCCCUUCUGGGCUUCGGUUCGGCCUUCGUUAUCAGUGAACCUUUCGGAGCAGGCUUCUGCCCAGGUGGCCCACCGCGCCUGUUCACCUUGAGACUGGGGCCGCACCCAGGACCUGCCGCCUCAGAGGGGCAGGAUUUUGAUGGACGACCAUGUAUCGUUUGCCCCUGGCAUAAAUACAAAAUUACUUUGGCGACAGGAGAAGGACUAUACCAGUCUAUAAAUCCUAAAGAUCCAUCAGCAAAACCCAAAUGGUCUUCCAAAGGAAUAAAGCAAAGGAUUCAUAGAGUGACAGUGGACAAUGGGAAUAUUUAUGUGACUCUUUCUAAUGAACCUUUUAAGUGUGAUUCUGAUUUUUAUGCCACUGGAGAUUUCAAAGUAAUUAAGAGUCCUUUCUGA